CUGGCUUUGUUUUGGUCAUGGCCUCGCCUCGUAGACCUCCGAAAGCGAGCGCAUGUUUGUGCCGACGUUUUCUCCUCCGGCGUCCAGCUCGUGGUGAUCCUCGGCCACCAGGGCUGCCUGGGCGGCCUGCUGCUCCUCGGCAGGUUCUGGCGCUGGGUCGGCUCGGACGCGCGCGGCGACCUCGGCGAGGGCAAGGAUCCAGAGCCCGGCGCGGGGCCCAGGCUGUGCGACCAGUGCGUGGAGGCCGCGGAGGCCCGGUCCUGGGCGCUGUCGCUGGCGCUCCUCGUCUGCGGUCAGGCGCCCCCGGGCGCCGCCGAGGGCGGCCCCGCCGGGCUGCUGUGGCUGUGGGCCGCCGCCGCGGUGGCACUGCACCUCGUGGUCGCGGCGUGCCGCGAGGAGCAGACGCUUCCCGCGGCCCGCGCGCCACGGGCGAUGGCGGCGAGGGGCAUUGCGGACAUGUCCGCCGAGGACUCCGUCGGGACGUUCCUCGAGGCCCUCCGCGCGGGCUACGGCGCGAAGUGGGGCCCCGUCUUCGAGGGUUUCGGCCUGGAGCUGGUGGAGGACCUGCUGGAGGCGCCCGCCGACGAGCUCGCGCAGCUGGAGGACCGGCUGGCGGCCGCCGGCGCCGGCCCCGCGCACAUCCGCAAGAUGAGACAGGCCAUCGGCGCGCUGCGCGGGGAGGACCCCGCGGCGGCUGGCCCCUCGCCGCCCCCCGCGCCUGCCGCGGCGCGGGUGCCCGCGGCCGCUGGCGGCGCGCCUCGAGCGCAGGAGCCCACCCUGGCCACAGCUCCGAACCCGUUCGACAGCCCCAGGCCCGAGGUCCACGGCCAGAUGUUUGCCGCGAGCCUGCGUUUGACGGUCGCUUUUACGCGGCCGCCCUUCGCGGCGUCCUUUUUUGUGGCGAGGGCGGAAUUUGCCUGCUAUCUGAUCGUCGAGUCUUUCGUGCUCGUCUGA